UUCUGCAAAAGGGGAUUCUGAAAAUCGUUUCGUACCAGAAUUGCUAUGAAAGCAACAAUAUGAAGAAAAAGUUUUCUUCCAAAUACAUGCGACCGACGGAGAACUUUUGCGCCGGAAUUCCUCAAACGCAGACAAGUGCUUGCAAAGGGGACAGCGGCGGAGGAUUGACUUUCUACGACCGUGAUGACACCGAACGCCACUUUUUGCGCGGCGUCGUCAGCAUGGGUUCUGUCAAGAAAUUCCCCGAUGAUUUCGUCACGUGCAACCCCAAGUUCUACGCUCUCUACACCGACGUCACCAAUUACAUGGACUGGAUCGUCCAAAACUCCCCCGACAUAAAUGUUUAGAUUUUUUUUUAAAUACAAAUAUCAUUAUUGCAGUUAGUAAUUUCAUUGCCGGGAAAUAUUUCUUUUUAAACGAAUUAUUAAAUUUUG